AUGAAUGGAUUAAUGAAAGCAGUUCAUACCCUCCUUCCAGAAGCUGAGCAUAGACAGUGUUGUCGCCAUAUCUACGAGAACUGGAGGAAAGGUGGAAAAGAUCUAAGGUUACAGAGGUUCUUCUGGUUCAUUGCAAGGAGCUACACUCCUGGUAUGUUCAACUACAACAUGGACGAGCUUAAGAACUAUGAUCCUGGCGCACAUGCAUCUCUGAUAAAGACAAAGCCAGAGACUUGGUCUAGAGCUUUCUUCAAGAUAGGCUCCUACUGCAAUGAUAAUCUGAAUAACUUGUGUGAGUCCUUCAACAAGACCAUCAGGGAGCCUAGGAAGAAACCUCUGCUAGACAUGUUAGAGGAGAUAAGGUGUCAAUGUAUGACUAGGAACUACAAUAGGUCUAAGAUGGCUAAGGACAGGAAGACUAGUCUGCGUUGGGCAAUUGGGCCAGAGACUGAGGUGGAAGAUAGAGACCAGUCAUAUGUGGUGAAUUUGGAGAAUGAGACUUGUGCAUGUCGAAGCUGGCAAAUGAAUGGUAUUCCUUGCAUCCAUGCUGCUAAGGUCAUCCUUGGCGUGGGAAGAAAACUCUCUGAAUUUGUUGCUCCUUUCUACACAACCUCUAAGUGGCGUGAAACCUACAGUUUUGGGAUCAUACCUGUAAAUGGGAUGAUAGAGUGGCCUCGGACCAAUAGAUUAGGUGUGAUUCCACCACCUAAUCGAAAUGGCAAGCCUGGUAGGCCUAAAAACCAUGAUCGAAAGAAGGGAACCAAUGAGACAGUGUCUACUACCAAGCUGAGUCGUGCGAACAGGGUAAUGACAUGCUCUAAUUGCAAAGAAGAAGGGCACUACAAGAAUACAUGUCGGAAGGCUUUUGUUGAGAGCCCACCUAAGAAACCAAGAGGCAGACCAAGGAAAUAUCAGGGACUACACUUUGGUGAGUCCCAAGCUCAAUCCUCAGAAGCUCAAACCUCACAAAAUCAAUCCUCAGAAGCUCAAGCAUCACCAUGGGAAGUUCCUCAAUCUUCAUAA